CUAUGCCCCGGGCCGUGUCGUGUGCGCGAAGAAAUCGCGGAACCUAACCUCCUCCCUCCCUCCCGCCUCUUCCGCCGCCGAUCCCCGAUACGCGGCAAAUGGCCGCCGUGGUGCCGCAGUUUCCGUGCGAGGUGUUGCGCGUACGAGCGCCGUGUACGGGCUGCGGGUCCGCGUGCCGCGGUGGUGGGUGUCGUCGACGAUCAGUAACAACGUGGUGGUGGUGGCGGCGGUGGUGAGAUCGGUCGCGUCGCGAUCGAGACGCGGGAGGAGCACCCGGACUCGGUUCCACGACCGGGAUGUGACGUGACGUGAGCGUCGACGAGCGUGACCGUUUCCGCGACAGAGAUUCACCGAACGGGAUUCCUCGUCGAUUCCAACCUCGAGUCUCCAGCCGAGCCGACCAGCCAGGACCGAGCCGACCGACCAGCCGACCGACCAGCCGACAGCCAGCCGCGACGGCUGGCGAUGAACGUCGCCGUGGGAACGGCGACGUCGGUGAUGAAAUCGGUGUCCGAGGGUGAGCUGGGCGUGGAGGAGGAGGUUAAGCGCGCGGAGCCGCGCGGCGCCGCGCGGCUCAAGCGCACCUUUACACUGCCGAGAAACCCGUUUCAAAACGCCAGCAACAGAAUGUCGCGGCGACGUCCGAAGCAGCAGACGUCUCACUGCGCGGACCACCCGGGGAAGGAGUGCGUUGGCGUCAGGAACAACGCGGCGUCGCGACACGCCGCGACAGAGGGUAUCAUGCAGCAACACCAGCAACAGCAACGGCAAAACGCUACGGGGAGAUUGCUGCACGGGAAUCAGCAGAUCGUGCAGGACUGUCAGGAGCGACAGGCGCCCUGCGGCAAGAAGGUGUUUCGUCGGCCCUCCUGGAGGAAGUUUAUCAACAAGAUGGUGCGCCACAUGUCGAACGUGGGCGUCCAGGGCCACAAGGCCGCGGCGGCGGCGGCCGCGGCCGCCGCCGCGUCGAUCCAUCAUCAACGCGGCGACGACCUCGGCUCGUCCGCGGGUGACAUCAGGGUGCCGCCGCCCCCGCGACCGGCCCACAUCCCGGCCGACCGGGUGCCGGGCGUCAUAGGCCUACGCAACCACGGCAACACGUGCUUCAUGAACGCGGUGCUGCAGUGCCUCUCGCACACGGACAUCCUCGCUGAGUACUUCGUCCUCGAUCAGUACAAGAUCGACCUGUCGCGGCGCAACAAGCUCAACUCGAAGAAGUACGGCACCCGGGGCGAGAUCACCGAGCAGCUCGCGCUGCUGCUCAAGGCCAUCUGGAGCUGCCAGUACGACCCGGAGAUGAGCACCGCGUUCAAGAGCGUCGUCGACAAGUACGGCAGCCAGUACCGCGGUAACCUGCAGCACGACGCCCAGGAGUUCCUCCUCUGGCUCCUCGACAAGGUGCACGAGGACCUCAAUCAGGCGACCAAGAAGAAGUACAAGAUCAUUAAGAAUUCAUUUGGCAGACCCGACGACAUCGUCGCCGCAGAGACCCUAGCGAAUCACGUACGAUGUAACAACUCCUUCGUGCACGCCGUGUUUCAAGCACAGUUUCGGUCUAGUUUGACCUGUCCGAGAUGUCAUCGGCAAUCCAACACCUUCGACCCUUUUCUCUGUGUGUCGGUACCGGUGCCGCAGAAUCACCGUCAGAUGAAUCUCUACGUGAACGUCCUCUACACGUCUCAGCAACCCCGGCAAGUUAAGAUCGGCGUGAGUGUGAAUCAAGCGGCCAACGUGAGAGAGCUGAGAGAAAUCCUUGCCAGCGACACCGGCGUAGACGAGAAUCAUAUGCUAUUAACCGAGAUCCAUGACGAAGGAUUUCACAGAACCUUCUCCGACUGUCAACCUCUAUCCGUGAUUAUGGAGAACGAUCCGCUUUACUGCAUCGAACUGCCACAAUUGAAGGAGCCUACGGAACAAGCAUACAUCUUGCUGGUGUGGAUCAAUGUUCUCGUAAAGGGGGAUCUGAAGCAUCGUUUUGGCAGCCCGUAUACGAUGCAAGUUUCGCGGGAAACGUCGUACGAGGAUUUGCAGAAAUUAUUACUCAAGGAGAUGCACAGUACGCUAGCGGACGAUGUUCUCACGACCAGCCAGAGCCCCGGACUUUUCAAUAUUCGCGUGGCGGAUCCAGCAGCGACGCCGAUUCAAGACGAGCAUCCCUGUAUCGAUCCCUGUGUCGAGCAUCCGCUCUACACCGAGCAGAUCGAGCAAGCAUUGGCACUUUGCGCGGACGAUUCCGGACCGCAGCACGUGAAGCUGAUCCUCGAAUGGGACGAGGCCACCAAGCGCAAUAUUAUACAGGACGAUAGCGAUCAGAUUGAGGAGCACGCCAGCGUGAAACAACUCAAGACCAAUUCCGAAUUGGGCGGCGCGGUCACCCUGGAGGAAUGUUUCGAUCUGUACACGCGUGCAGAGAUACUGGGCGCGGAGGACGCGUGGCAUUGUCCUUACUGCAACAAGAAACAGGAAGUUGUGAAAAAACUGGGUCUCUGGUCGUUGCCUGAUAUAUUAGUCAUACACUUGAAGAGAUUCCGCCAGCAGUCUAAGCAGCGGUCAACGUCCAAGCUGACUAUGCUUGUGGACUUUCCUUUGUACGGCUUCGAUAUGACGCCGCAUCUGGCCCACAAUGGCGUUCAGGCGACGCAUAAUAGUGUCACCAGCCUAGGUGGCCUGGGCUGGUCGCCUUGGAAGAAACCGCGUCCGCGACAACACAAUAUCCCCAAGUACGAUGAGAAUGUGUACGACCUCUAUGCAAUAUGCAAUCAUCACGGGCAGGAUCUCCAGGGUGGACAUUACACGGCGUUUUGUCGAAAUCCAUACGACACGCAAUGGUAUUGCUUUGACGACACGCGCGUGGAAGCGGUGAACGACACGAAUUUAAUCACUAAUUCGGCGUACAUGUUAUUUUAUCAACGAAGAGGCUUGUCCAAUAAUUCCACGGGAAAUUCAUCCGCGGCGUCCACGAGCUCGGCCGGCUCUGGUCUGGAUCACUGGGUAUCGAAAAUGCCGCCGUUUUAUUUCAACAACAAGAGCACCAGUGAUGUUACGAACAAUAAGCAAAGUAAAUCGCAAGAGAUACUCUGUCAGGAGAAGAUUGUCGAAGAGAAGAACAUGACUAAUUUCACUAGAGGUUGCGGCAAUUACGCGACUUUACAGCCAAAGAAGAGGAACGCGGCGACGGAAACCGACAUCGGACAGAUGGAUCAUUAUUCGGACGACGAGACACCUUGCAGAAGGGAAUGGGGCUCUCCUAAACCCGUGCGGAAGACUUCAUCCAUUACAUUGACGCCACACAUACCAUCAACAAUAAUUCAGAAUGCCAGCAGUGAUCCGAAUACAACCGUGAUACACGAAUCCACGUUGUAACAUACGAUAUAAGCCAGGCUGAGAUGUCUGGCUCGAGCGAUGCUCAAUGUACAGUGCCUGGUGUGCCGUGAUGUUUGAAUAACGUCGAGUGGGGUGAGAUAAAAGAAAAGAAAGAAAGACUACACCGAUAGAAUAUAAAUUCGUUAUUUUUCGAUUACCGAAUGUGGGACGAUAUAAUUUAGAGACACCAAAAAAUCGUUCCUCCAGCUCGAAUUUAUAUAGAUUUUUUUUUUGUACAGAGAUGCUGAGAUAGAUAACAUGGAUUUCAGCGGCAUGCUUCUCUCCGCGCCUGUCCUUUCAAAAUGUGUAAUAAAUUUACACGCAGGCGAUCUUUUGAGGAUAAUAGAAAAUAUGAGGCAUUAGUAAUUUUUGUAAUUGUAAUACCAUGUUUGUAUACAGCUCGCGUGGAUUGUAUUAUAUUAUAAUAAUAGCUGCUAAAAAAUAGCUUUUUAAAAGAACCUUAUACUCAAUUAUACUUAUAUAUAAAAAAAUCGCGUAUUCUUAAGAAAGAGAGAGAGAGAGAGAGAGAGAAAACUUCUAGUGUUUAUAUAUUAUGUAUCUAGAACUUCAAUACAAUAGGCAACUAAAUUCUACAUUGUGUCCAGAAGAAGGAUAUUUCCGAAAUGACAAUUUCGUGCAAUUAUGUAACGCGUUUAAUAAUAUUAUGUCAACGUAAACAUCAUAAGCAUUGUGUGUUUAUCUUACAAUGAAAGUAUAUGACAAUAACAAAAAAUUUAUACAUUAUCGAUUCUGCGUUAAUACACGUUUUCUCUACAAUAUCGUUUCGUUUCUGGACAUACUAUGUAAUCAUUGACCAUUGCUUUGAAUCUAUGUUUAAUUGUAAUAUUUAUAUUAUACCUGUAUCAUCUCUCCACUAGUGGCCUUAUCUAAAUAAUUAAUACUGAUGCACACACGUCAUUAUUAAGCACAUUAUUCAAUCUUAUUACUUAUAAGCGUUUUAUUUUAGAUACAGAGAUUUUGUUUUUGCAAAA